GAGGCCCUCAGAGUUGUUGUCCUGGUGUGAGGCAGACAAUGGGGGCAAUACACAUAUUGCUUUGCCUCGUCCUUGCACAUUCAAUCGUCGCUGGAUCUGCAAUAAGAUAUCUGGAUGCUGUGGUUUCCCAGGAUUUUGCAAGAUUUUUUGAACACAUGCGUCCUCCAAACGAAAGAAAUUUCGAUUUAGUUCCUUUUGACACCAUCUUCAGCUCCUGGGGAAGCCGUGCCCCUGACUUUCAUUUGCUUGGUGAAUUGCCUCCCAUCAUGACGGUUCCCAAAGUUAAGGUGUUUUGCGAUGACUCUAAGAUGACUCUGCUGGUUGAUAAGAGAACCAACGGUCUGACAUUGACUGGAGAGGAAAUACAACUGGGCAAUGGCUGCUAUAGCAACAGAGAACUACCAGACCAGUUAAUCUUCGAUUAUGGUUUUGAUCAGUGUGGUACCACACGUGAGGUGCAGAAUGGUUUGGAGAGGUUCACCAACUCUCUCCACUUGAAUCUUAAACAAACUCUCCCCACCUGGUGGCAAACUUUCUCCACAAUAUACAUCUCAUGCGUCCCCAAGAGGCCUUACUAUAGUCCACAAUUUGUCUCGAGACCACCUGCGGAUGAUGGGAGCUUUUGCAUCAGAGCCAUGAAUUCAUCCUGGACCAGCGCAGCAGAUUCAAAUGUCUACAAAAGAGGCCAGGGUGUUAACCUCCAGGUUUUUGCCAAAACUAGGCCAGACCAGCAACUUUUCAUCCAGUCCUGCUUUGUCUCGGCAUCCCCUGAGCCUCAGACUAGACCGCGGCAUGCUGUUGUAAUGAAUAAAGGGUGCUCAGUCGCCAUGCAUGCUCACCAUGCUGUUGUGCAGUUUGUAGCCUCUAACAGAGCAGAUGUGGUUAACUUCGCUCUAAACACGUCUUAUCUAAUAUCUGAGCUGUAUGUCCACUGUAGUGUUGUCAUCUCAGACCAGGGUGUGACCUUUAGUUCAAAAUCCUGCAACUACAAUCCGCUUCAAUCAAGAUGGGAAGAACUAAGUGGCGUAGAGGUGUGCGACUGCUGUAGCUCAAAGUGUAAAGGCCUACCUGAGGCCAGGACUUUUGUCAGCGCUGGUCCCUUUGUCGUUGUGGAUGAAGACAGUGAGAGGAGUCCUGAGCGUCUGUACUCUGAACCACAAGCUCACACGGACAUUAUCAAUUCUCAUCCUGAGGACAGCGUGACUGCUCAGAUUCAGACAAGCAACGGCGCAUCAAAUGACAUCCCUGAGCUGCGGCCUCCGACAUAUCAAGAAUCUCCUCUGAAUAACCCCACAAACGAGAUACACUUGUUCUUUAAUGAACAGAAAAGAGAUGCUGCCACAUGGGACCUGAAUUUACUAACGAUGGUUGACGGAUGGCCGAUUCUGCCACAAGACGAGCCGGUCAUAGUAGAUGAUUUCCAAAGAAAAAACAGGCUUGAAAGAUCUGUAAUGUUCAACGACAUCGACUUCUCAGUUCCAGUUGAGCUCGGUGUCAUCCUAGUUGACAAAUCGGGGCGACCAGACCCAUGCAACUCUCCUAUUGCAGAGGAAUGCCGAGAGGAAAAAUCGAUCUCAGCAGAGAUGAAUAGAAAUGAUGUUCGCCACAAUGUUUUAAACAAAAUGAGAGAGACGGACGCUGCUGUUAUGCCUGAAGAAUACACAUAUGAUGAUCAACCAAUAAUUCGCUCGAAGCUUGAGUUUUCCAAAGUUGCAGAUGGAUCUCAGGUGCUGAGUUAUGAGGAAGAAGUGAAGCAACAAGGGGGGACGGAAAGAAGACGGGAGCCCAGACUGAAGGGGUUUCGCUCAACUUUCCUGGAUUUGUUGAGGAGGAUGGACAAAGCGGAGUAACUUCAGUUUCUUAACACUGUUUCUUGAACUAAAUAAACUGAUGAUCAAAAGUA